AUGAAUAGUCAAUAGAUUGUUGCAUAAUUGGAAAAUAAAGUUUAAGAAUGUCUUUAAGGAUUUUAAUAAUAGUUAGAUGUAAGUUAUUAUAGAUAAUCAUUAGUCCUCUUUCAACAGAAUUAAUGAUUUUCUUGAUUAACUUCUUCUUGCUCCUUAUCCAGCUGUUCCUUAGAAUAAUGUUAACUUUUUACUACCUGAAGCUUAAAUAUCUUAACCAUUAAUUCCAACAUUAGCUAAUUUAGUGAUUUAGGAAAUCAAACCUCUAAUCAAUUUAAUUAUUAAUAAAUAAAUUAAAUAAACUCAACCUUAACAAAUACAACAAUAGAAAAUAGAAUAAUCUAUAAUGAUGAACAAUCAUCAAUAAUUCACUUUAAAGCCUUUUACUUAUAAUUUAUUAUAGAAUAAUUCAAUUAAAUAGAAUGAAUAAUGUUAUGCAAUAGCUAUUAAUAAAGAUAAUUCAAUUGUAUUAGCUGGUUGUGAAAGUUAAAUCAAAGUAUUUGAAUUCAAAUAAGAAUAAUUGAAACAAACUCAAUUAUUAAGUGAACAUUCGAGGAAUAUUACAACUUUAAAUUUCAUUAAGAAAUAAAAUCAAUUUAUAUCUGGUGAAUAGGGUGGAUAGAUUAUACUAUGGUCUAUGAAUGAAAAUAGUUAAUGGAUAUCCUAAUAGAAAUUAAAAGAACAUUCUGAUUGUAUUAAUUGUUUAAUAUUUAACAAUAAUGAAGAUGUUAUGAUAACAGGAAGUGAUGAUUAAACAAUUAAAUUUUGGUAAAAGUAAUAGCAAUGGGUAUGUUCAUAAACUAUUACUGAUCAUAAAGCUUAUGUUGCAGGAUUAAGUUUAAAUGACUAAUAGAAUAGAGUGAUAUCUUGUGGAUUAGAUAAAUUAAUAUUAAUAAUAGAAUGGUCAUCAUAGGAUUAAAAAUGGAAUAUCAUAUAAAAGAUAUCAGUUGAAUAGUACGGUUGUAAAUUAUGUUUUAUUAAUGACAAUGUAUUCACAUUUUAACCUUUAGCGAAAGAGUAGAUGCAUGUUUAUGAGAUGAGUAGUACUAAUAAAUAAUACUCAAAAAUAAAAGAAAUUGCUGUUAAAAGUGGUUAUAGUGGUAGUACUUAUUUCUUUCCUUAAUAAUAUAUAAAGUAGAAAUGUUUGGUUGUGAAUAAGAAUGGAUACAAUGUUAAUUUAAUAAGGAACCAAAAUGGUGAUUUUAUAACUCAAUAAUCUAUUGAUUUUGGACAUAAUUCUAUAUAUGGAUAUAUGAGUGAAGAUGGAGAGUAUUUGAUGACUUGGGAUUACAAAUCAAAGGAAAUUUAAAUAAGAAAAUAUUAUUAGAUAUGA